CGUCUCUGUCUGUGUCUCUGCGUCUCUGGCAGUCAUGUUAUUGUGUGGGUCCGUCCGCUCUCUGGAUACGAAACUGCAGCAUUACUGUAAAUUGUGAUAAUUGAUUUCAAUUUAUUCCAUGCCGUCGGCACCGUGUGUGCGCCGUAGUCGACGAUGUUUGAAUCAAAAGAAAAACUUCGCGCGCGUCGUGCAGUUGCGGACUCCACUACCGCCGCAGGAACUGGAACGGAUUCGAGCAAGAUGCAGCUAUGCCGGGCCUGCUUGGUGUUACUUCGACCCGAGGAUGUGUCCUACGACCUAUGCAGCGAGAAGGGCUUGGCGACCAAAUUCUUCUCCUGCACCGGAGGCGACCCAGACCUUCAGAUGAAGGAAGAGGAACAACUGGUACCGCAGCAGCUGGUGCUGAAAAGUAUCUGUGAAUGUUGCUACCAGUUGGUGCAGAAAUUCCACGACUUUCAACGCAUGUGCGAAGAGUCCUCCAGGAACUUUGAGAAGCUUCUGGCGGUGGUAAACUCACAGGAUUCCGUCCAUAACUCCAUCGAGGAGCACGCUGUAGCCAACACCAGCUCGGUUCUGCCAGAAUAUGAGACCCUUUCGGAAGGCAUUCCGUGCAAUGACGAGGUCUUUAGGGGUCCGGAAACGCUGACAACCACAGAAUCAAUCGAAGAUAUUGAGGAAGUGUAUAUUAUUGAGGAUGAAGCUGCAAAGAAAACACUGGGAAAGGAGAAGAUUCCCAUAUCGUCACGACAAAAUGUGCCCGGGCAACGCAAGCAGGGACUGAGAUAUACGCUCAACUGCAGUAAAUGCAAUCGGGGAUUCUACAAAAUCUCAUCGCUCGAGGCCCACAUGAAGAAGCACGACGGGAUAAGUCCUCACACGUGCGUACACUGCGGCAAGAGCUUCGCACGAGCAAAUCUCCUAGAAUCACACCUCCGCGAGAAGCACUCCGCUCAGAGUAUAACCUAUCCGUGUCCCAUGUGCGAUAAGGUGUACAGUGCUUCGCGCAGUCUGAACUACCACUUCAAGAGGGAGCACAAAAGUGUACAGAAGCAGGCGACGACAGCCUCAAUGCACAUGUGCGACAGGUGUGGGAAAUCGUAUGCGCGAAAGGCGCACCUUGCACGCCACGAAUGGGUGCACAGGAGCAUGGAUGAGCGCCGUCAUGUAUGCCAGUUCUGUGGCCAACGCUUCUACACGAAGCAAAACAUGGUGGAUCACCUGCAGCGACGGCAUACCAGCAGCAAGAGUCUAUUGCGGUGCAAUAAAUGCGGCCGCAUCUUCCGUACUCGAGCGGCCCUGGCGGUACACCAAAAAAAGCACAUGACUACCAGCACAGCGCAAACAGGAUCAAUCCUCAGCUCGGAUCGCUAAGGAAUAAGU